AUGGUCGCAUCGUUGACAGCACAAGCUCAGCAGACACAGCGCAUGCUGUCAGUAAAGCAGCUUCCAGACGUCGUUCUUUUGCAUAUAGCCGAGUACCUCCUGGAGGCGACCACAGCACAGGAUGCCUGGUCGACUGAGCCCACGCACACCUCGCUCGUGCGCAUGAUGGGUGUCUGUGAUCGCUGGCACUCUGUGUGCGCGCACAUGUGCUUCCGUGAAGCCUGGCUUGGCUACUCUGAGUACUCGCGUCAUAAUGAGCCCGCACGGGAUCUGCACGAGGUAUAUGGCCUUGGUCUUGGAAACCUAGUCAAACGUAUGGUACUAUACCUUCCUGAGACCAUGUUUGCCGGCGGUGCUUCUCUACCCGGCCAUCUGCUGUUCUUGCAAUCGAUCAGCCUACCGCGUGUCAAGGAGCUCUUGGUGUGCGUCUACCAGUGUUUCAGCUACCGUCCACACGACAUUGUGACGACUCGCAAAGGUGUACACCAGGUUGCCAACAUUGUCAACAUGGCUAUGCCAAACGUCGAAUCGCUGGCCAUCUCCAGCAUUGAGAUCGGGUACUCUCUUCCCAAUAGCGAUAUCGUUCCAGAGCUCACAGGUGCGUUGCAAUAUGGCAAAUCGGAGAUUCAUAUUGCCGCACCCAGCGCGUUAUCACUGGACACUGUCGCCUACCAGGGUGCACCGCAGCUGACGACAAUAUCACUGGGCAACCGUGUUUUGUGGACCGACAGUCUGGUCAGCGCCAUCCGACUGAACGCACUCGUACUUGGGACUCUGAGUAUUGCCAGCAUUCCGUCGGCGAAGCUGCUGCAGAUAGUUAGGGGCACAGACGGGGCUCCAGUAGUGUAUGCCUUGCUUGCAUCGCUUGAUAUUGAGGUUAACGAACCCAAGCACAGCCGUGAUCCUUCCCUCAGCAUCCAACUGGCUGGCGUCGAGUUCCCAAAGUUGCGCCGACUUGUUUUCCGAGGAGAGUAUCCGUUCACUGACGAUACAGUCCUGGUACAGAAUAGAGCGUGCCUGGAACAUCUCAAGAUGACAGUUGGUGCCGAACUAUAUACAUGUCUGACGAAGCGCACAAUCGACCAGACUACUGGAUACCCGUUCCUGCGCAGCAUCAAUGUCUCAGUCUCCUGUUCGCUACGCUCGAUGCAGGAUCCACACGAGACAGGUCCAGCUAUUCCAGCCUGGCUGAACGCUGUCCGGGCUUGCGCUCUGCCACAUUCACACUGGUGCCUGAACCUGAAGCUCCUGAUUUCAACUUUGAGACACAAGCCCUCACACGCUCCCGCAUACACAAGCUUCAAAUCCCUACACCACUUUGGUCGCUACUUCCUAUGGUUCCGCCGCCUGAUUCCUUCACUCAAACGAGCAUCAAUGUCGACCCUUGACGAAGCCGAUGCUCAGAGAAUUGCGGAAGGAUUUGAGGAGGCCAUUGGCCAGCCUGGAGGCAGUGACUACAAGUAUGUCAAGGGACUUCACGUCGGCAUCGGGAUAAACCUGUUCUAA